GCUCUCGCCCAUGAGCAACUCGCCUUAAAGCCUGUCCCUGAUGACAAGGCCAAGGAAAUCCUGCUUAAACGACAGACCAAGGCCAUACGUGAUGUCCGUGAGGAGCUGCUGGAAUCCCGAUCUUCUGUCAAGACAAAUGCAAAUGACAGCAAGGGAUUGCGGCAACGAGUUCCUGGUCAGGGUGGUGGUGAAGACUUCGACGCUGUUCUGCGCUACCACAACUCCAUGCAGGAGAAAAUUGCCGAGGAGAUGGUGUCCUUGGCACAGAACCUGAAGCAGAAUGCAGUGCUUGCUGGACACAUUGUGAAGAAGGAUACAGAGGCUGUUCAGAAGAGCGUGCAAUCUGCAGAACAAAACUACGAUCGACUACAGAAUGAGCAGCGACGACUUGAGGAGCACCUACGUCGUUCGUGUAACUGCUGGAUCUGGCUUAUGCUUGCGGUCGUGUUUUUUGUCUUCCUCAAUAUGGUUGUCUUCAUGCGCGUUUUUCCAAAGCGAUGAAGGUUCACACAAGUUUUUAGUAUUCCCCUGUACAAUAAUAAAGAGUUUAUUUUC